AUGGCUGAUGAGAAGGCUCGAACCGGCAACGACGCUCUCGAUCUCGCGGUAUGGCAGUUCGCUGUUGUGGUCAGGCAUGGCAUGGUCCCCCAGACAUCGAUCGACAUGCUCGAGGAUCUCCUUGUUCAAUGCCGGAUCACCCCGCGGUCUUCUCUUCUUCCCGGCCCACCUUCGCCGCGUCUGUUACCCUCCACCACGUACAGUGUGGGACGCCUGGGUGGAAAGGAAAAGAUCGAACGCAGGGCUGUACAACAUCCUCAUGCAGACAUGUCCUUGCAAGCCAUAAUCACUGCACGAACAGGCGCAAAGGAUCAUGGUGAUUCGUGA